ACACGUUUGCAUUUCAAAACAGAGAAAUGUAGCUAGUUCUCUAAAUAAUAUUUGAAAAUUAAAUUUUAUUUUUAAUAGCGGCAAAGGAAGUCGUUUGGAUCGGCUUGAAAUAAUUGAUAGACGCAUUUCGACUUUACGUUCAAGUUGUAGGCAUGCGGUCCAAGUUACUACAAAUUCAGGGACAUCAACUAUGGCAUUUGAACGGAUUGAUGGCCGAUUUCUUCUAUGCGGAAAUUCAAGAGGAGCAGUUUCCAUUAUUGAUUUUGAAUCUUAUACUAAUUAUAAUUCUAUUUCGGAAACUUAUCCUCUCAACUACAAAAUAAUACAAACUCGAAAGAAAAAUAAUCAUCACCAUAUGGUUAAUGGUUGUCAGUGGUAUCCUGUUGACACUUCUAUUUUUGUUACUACAGGAAUGGAUAAUUUGUUGAAGAUUUGGGAUUCGUCAGUAUUUACAUCGAUUGAAGACUUUAAAUUUAUUCAACCAGUUUCACAUUUUCAUUGGACUGUUUCGAGCACUAAUGCUUCUUCAUUAAUUGCUGUAGCAACUGCUUCCUCAAAUGUUUCUUUUAUUGAUCCACGAAGCGGAAGGGCAAAAUUGAGAGAAGUUUCAUCUCCUUUUUUGAGUCAACCUUCUCCACCAAAACGACGGAAACUGACACAUGCUGAUAGAAUUACUUGUUUGCGUGCUUCUACUGACGGUCGUUUUUUAAUUUCAAUGUCACAUGAUCAAAAGCUUUGUCUUUGGAACUCAAAUUUGAAACUUUUAUCUUGGAUGAAGUUAACAGAUUUUGACGAUUUGCCUUCUCAAGAUGCUCUUCCAACAAAUUUUGAAAUUAGUGAUGAAGGGCAAAAACUUUGGGCUUUUAUUCCUUUUGCAAAUGAUCUUUUGUUAAUUAAUGUCUAUCCUUCACAAAAUUCUAGUAAACUUAUUCCAUUAAAAUCUGACAAUGUUCUUCGACUUCAUGGACAUUUUCAACGAGUAAUUUCAUGUUCAUAUCGUUAUAAUUAUCAACAGAUUGUUACAUCCUCAAAUGACCGUUCAAUUUUAAUAUGGGAACCAGCAAUGGACAAUUUACUUUUUGAUUCGACUGAAUCACAAGUUCAACAAAUUUAUAAAGAUGCAUUUAGUGAUGACGAAUUUGAUUAA